UAGCAGUUGUUCACGGUGGUUCACGUUUCGAAUCGUCGUCUGUUGCGCAGCCGCAGCGUUAUCAAAAACAAAUGCUCAAGUGCACGACCGUCUGCACUUUACGCUUUCGGUUACGACUUACCUACCGGCGUCGAACUUUGUCCGUCUAGCAUGUUCUGUUAUUACCGUCGUCGUGAGCAUAAAAAGUCUAAUCGCGUAGUAUACGAUAUAGCAUGUUUUUGCCCGUUACUGUGGCAAAACUAGUGCGUGGUGUGUUCUGCAAUCGACACCGUCUCCUCACCCUUCCGUCGAGUGGUGUCUGUUUGACCAGACCCAGAGUCCCAUCCGUCCGGAAGAGGUUCGUGUYUACCACCCCAAGUCAGCGGCACGGCGAAUACGAAUGGCAGGAUCCAAAAAACGAAGCUGACGUGGUCCAAGUGGCGUUUGUAGACAGAGAGGGCAAGCGUACUGUAGUCAGGGGAAAAGUCGGUGACAACGUUCUGUAUCUGGCCCACAGGUAUGGAGUCGAAAUGGAGGGUGCUUGUGAAGCGUCGUUAGCUUGCACUACCUGUCAUUGUUAUGUUGCUGAAGAUUAUCUAUCCAAGCUUCCCGAAUCGGAAGAGAAAGAGGACGAUUUACUAGAUCUAGCGCCAUUUCUCAAGGAAAACUCGCGUUUGGGUUGUCAAAUUGUUCUGACCAAGAGUUUGGACGGCAUCGAACUUGUGUUGCCUGCAGCAACCAGGAACUUUUAUGUUGAUGGCCACAAACCUAAACCUCAUUAGUAUAAUUUAAAUCAGUACUGCAGUUAA